AGAUGUCCUCCCGUACCAUGGCCCUCAAGCCUCUUCUUUGGACACUCUCACUCACAUUAUCGGCCUCCAUCACUGCGGCGACGUCGUUCAACCUGUCGAGCGAGAUUACGAGAUUUGUACCGACGUGCGCCCGCGAAUGCUUCCGUUCGCAUCUGAGUGCCAACUACGACCUUACUAUCUGUGGUAGUGCUCCUACUCUGCAAUGCCUGUGUGCCAAUGUUGGAUUUUCAGGACUCACCUUAGGGGAGGGCGCUGUGCAGUGUAUCGUCGCAGAGAAGGCCAUUGGUUUCUGUCGCGAAAGUGAUGCACCACAGAAUGUGAUCGAUGCAGCAUACCUGAUGUGCUCGAAUCAACCGGGAGCUGUUCAGCCCACGCACACAGCCAUCAUUGCGACGUUAAUCAUUCCUUCCUCUGGAGGCAUCAUUCUCGUUCCUCCAAGGACAACCACAAGAACCACCCUAUCAACGUCGACGAGCCAUCUAACGACUUCGAUCCCGACGACUCUCAUCUCGGCAACAGGCACACCGUCUAUCCCAGACACGUCUACAACGUUGACUACCUCGACUGUAUCUCAAGCUUCUAGUACUGAUAGCAUUGUUACACCGCCGCCUUUGCCGCCAUCUUCCACAGCGACGCCUUCCGCAUCCGCAACUGCAGUCCCAGGAGCUGAGGGUGUCGACGCCGGUGCCUCCAAGAGCUUAGGCACCGCCCAAGUAGCAGGUCUUGCGGUUGGUAUCGCAGCCGCCCUUGGCAUUGCCAUCCUCGCCAUAUGCUUUGCCCGCCGCAAGCGCAGAAAGGACUACCCGGAUGAGAAGACAGGCUUCUUCCCCGUACGAGAGAAGGACUCUUGGGAGUUUCACCCGCAAGAGGGCCCAGCCAACAUCUUCCACAUUUCUCCGCCCGUCCACCAUGCGCAAUCCCCUUCUCCGCCACCGCUACGCCAGCCCCCGGCAGCACGCACCCGGACAAGCGGCCGCAUGAGCUGGUGGCCUGGCGCGAUUGGCCUAGCCGUAUCCCGGCCAGAGAGCACAUCAGCGGCCUAUCGCCCAUCACCUCAGGCGCAGAACCGUCCAACGUCACGUCUCCUUCCAGCCAAACCUUCUCUUUCGUCACCAAAGCCGGUCCUCUCUCUCAAGAUUCCUGAGAUAGACCUCACACCGUCGUCACUCCCUCGGGCGGACCAAAGCGGAUCUGUGCCGACCAACUCCCAAAUCUUCAAGACGGCCAAGCUCACAGCACCACCAAAGAGCCACUACAAUGCCCGUGAAAGCACAAUGACGGAAUUCGAAGAAGACGGCGCCAUCACCUCGGCCCGUUCGGCUCGCUCAAACAACAUCUGGAGACCGCCCUCGGCAACGGUGGGCAGCAUCAACACCGUUCCCAAGUCUGCCACGUACUACGUAGCAGACAAGAACGGCAACUGGGUUCUCGGGGACCCUAAGAGCGCUACUCACAUGGCACAGAUCGCCGAACUCGAUGCCUCGGGCGCGGGCCAGGGAGGUGGUGCGAAGGCGAAGCCCUCGUACGCCGAGUCCGCCAUGCUCGCGGCCACAGCCACGACUGCGGGCAUGGGCCACGGAGCCGGAAGUCCCGUUGCUCCCUCCGGUGGCCGGAUGAUGCCACCGCCCCCGGUUCUACUUCCGCCAGCCGAGAUCGCUCGAACCGGUGCCCUAGCGGCCCCGCCCGCGGCUCAUCAAUCCCGGACCUCGAGCGUCUACUCGCCAGCCACCACAAGACCCAACACGGUUAUCCAGAACAGUGCUCUCCCCCCUCCUCACCCGGUGCCGAGCAUGUCCUUCUCCCAUCCCGAGCCACCACGCCGCCGAAGCAACUCCCUCGGCCGCCGCAGCUCAUCAAAGUCGAAAUCCGCAGGGUCCGGCACUGCUCCUCUCCCUCCUCCCGCUGCAUCGGUUUCCACAGGCGCGGGAAUCGCACCGCAUCGAUCCGACAGCCACGACUCCCACGCAUCGGCCACGACGAUCGCUUCCUCCGUCGCGAGCGAAGCCGGGCCCGUAAUUGAGCAAAGCAGCCUUUCUCCCGUCGUGGAGUCACCUGCCUCAAGGGGGUCCCCAAAUGUCGGGCACUCACCCGUCUCCUACCCCGUCAUUCCCGGCCGCACCAGCUCUAAGCCUGGUUACAAUAACCUCCGCCUCCUGGCUCCUCCCACCCGACCUUUUGCUGCGUUCCCCGCCGGACAGCCCAGUCCCACGUUGGGUAUGAUGCAGCAGCAGCAACAGUCCCGAAAUGGACCGUACAUGGCCAGCUACGACGUGCCCCGUAAACCCGUCGGCCCUCGCCCGCGCCCAACCGGCCCCGUCGCCGACCCGAGCAGGAUCGCCACUGGAUCGCCUUCACUCCGCCUCGUGACCCCCUCUCCUCCCCCCUCCACGUCCGAGAACAGGAACAAUUACCAAGGCCUCCAGCAAGAACCCCACUGGAAGCCCGCGCAAACCCAGCGGCCGCCGCAGAUGAGACCCCUUUAUCCGCCGCCCCUGAACCCCAAACGCCCCAGACUUGAGCGCAACGAUGACGUCCACCCGCAGCCGCAGGCAGCACAAGUCCAGCAGGCGCCGAUGAACCAGGAACCUCAGUCUGCCUCGGUCCACAAGGCUCUAUGGGGGAACCUCCCUCCUCGUGCCCAGCAACAACAGCAGCAGCAGAAGCCAGCUCCCUACUCCGGCCUCCCAUCACAACAAGCUCCUCAGCCUCAGCAGCAAGCCCAGUCCCAGCAAACCCAACAAUCCUUCCAACAACGCCAACGCCGCCUCUCACAACAACAAAACCGCCAAUCCACCCAAACCCCCCUCCCCCCUAAAUCCCCGCCUCCAAAACAACCCCUCCCCGAGAGACCGUCCUCCGCCUCCCCAUCACCGCACCACAUCGCAACCCAAGCCAUCCGACCAACCUCCACAAUCCCACAACCACCAGCACCACCAUCCAUCCGCCCCCCUUCCUCAACCGCCUCCCCCUCCAUCGCAACCCCCUCAACAACAUCCUCCCUCCUCUCCAAACGCCUCGGCUCCGAACGCGCCGCCGCCCUCGCCCUCCCCAACGCCGGUCUCCGCCACAGCCCCAACUGGAGACCCGUUCGCCCCGGAGGCCCCGGAGACGGAACGGAUAUGCUCCUCUCCCCCGACGCCGCUCUCUUCCCCACACCUCCCGGGUUCCCAUCCCGAACAGGUGGCGGCGGCGCCGGGCGCGGGGGUCAUUUACCCGCUACGCCGACCUGGCAGCCGAGGUUGACGCCUACUCGACGGGGCGAUGACUUGUUUUUGAACGUGCAGUGAUCCGGUGAAGUAGUUGAAUUUCGCCGC